CUGUAUUUGUGUUGAAGAGCAGUUUGACUGUAAAUCACCUGACGUAAACCGCAAGUCAGAGCGCGCAUGCGCUGGGAUUUUUUACUAUAUAAGAAAGCGAUUGCCUCUUUUAGGGAUUAUUUUAUCAGAACCACCGCAGUCAUGGGUAGCCCCGGCCAGCAGAACCCGAAUUCCGCGGCUGACAAUAAUCUGACUAAAAUAAUAGAAAGAGCAUCGACAACUCAGGUUAUGACGUUUAAAGGGUUCAGCAUGCAGAGACUCUUCCAAGUGAUGCAGGCUGUGGCUGUGAGAAGCUGCAGCAAAGCCUGCCAGUUCUUCUGCCUCCCUGCUGUUGAAAAGAGGAAAGGUUCCUCAGAUAAGACUCUUCAUCUCAGGGAGGAGAAAAACGCACAAGAUCGACUCACGAGCCCGCCUCCUACCGUUCUGAUCAUUAACAUCAGCAACUCCACCAUGAUCAACUGCGUCAUCGGGGAUUCCCACCCCUCCGCAGCGGGUGAGCGGCGGCCUCUGUUGGAGGGCUCUCAGCUGCAGAAAGCAGUUGAGGUGAGCUGCAGUUGCUGCCAAAGCCUGCAGGAGGCGGCACAGGCCGCGCCUUCAGAGCCUCCUCAUCCACUCGCGCAGCACCAGAACAUCAUCAUCCACGGCUCGUGCCUCAGCAACGUCAUCGUGGGAGACAACAACUACAUGCACGUUCAACAGGACGAACUGCUCGACUAAAAGCAGUUCGUCCCAGAGACAUCUGAAGCCUCUCACACUAAAGGCAGGAAGGGACUUCAAGCAGUCUCACUGACAUCACUGCUGGUUUGUUUGUCCCAUGACUCGUGAACAUGUCAAACAGGGGUGCUGUUAAAAA